UCGGUUUGGUUUCAUCUCUUUAUCGCUCGCUCUCUUCCUUUACAGAUCUGAGUUCUGGACAAGAAGAAAACUCCGUUACCAGGAAAAUAUGCCUCCCCAGAAGAUCGAGACAGGUCAUAGCGACAUUGUCCAUGAUGUCGUCAUGGAUUACUAUGGAAAGCGGUUAGCAACCGCUUCAUCCGACGGCACCAUCAGGAUUACCGGAGUAAGCAACAGUGGCGGAUCUCAGCAGCUAGCUACUUUAACCGGUCACAGAGGUCCUGUCUGGCAAGUCGCCUGGGCCCACCCAAAGUUCGAUUCGCUCCUCGCUUCGUGCUCCUAUGAUGGACAAAUCAUAGUAUGGAAAGAAGGAAACCAAAACGAGUGGACGCAGUCUCAUGUCUUCACAGACCACAAAGUAUCAGUCAACUCCAUCGCUUGGGCUCCUCAUGAACUCGGACUCUCCUUAGCUUGUGGAGCAUCCGAUGGAAACAUUUCUGUUUUCUCAGCUAGACCCGAUGGAGGUUGGGACACAACGAGGAUAGACCAAGCUCACCCGGUUGGAGUCACUUCAGUGUCAUGGGCGCCAGCGACAGAACCAGGUGCGCUCGUUAGCUCCGGUAUGCACGAACCGGUUUACAAAUUAGCGUCCGGAGGGUGUGAUAGUACUGUGAAGGUGUGGAAAUUCGCAAACGGGUCGUGGAAAAUGGACUGUUUCCCGGCGCUACACAAGCACAAGGACUGGGUGCGUGACGUGGCGUGGGCACCAAACCUGGGUCUGCCAAAGUCGACGAUAGCAAGUGGGUCAGAGGAUGGGAGUGUGAUCAUAUGGACGGUAGGGAAAGAAGGUGAGCAGUGGGAAGGGAAGGUAUUGAAAGAUUUCAAGACGCCGGUGUGGAGGGUGACGUGGUCGUUGACGGGGAACUUGCUGGCGGUGUCGGAUGGGAAUAAUAACGUAACGGUGUGGAAAGAGGCUGUGGAUGGAGAGUGGGAGCAAGUGACUGUCGUUGAGCCUUAGAUAUUAAUUGUUGCUCUUUUGUUUGAUUGUUUUUGUUGUAUUAUCAAAUGUGGUUUCCCUCUCUAUACAUCAUCAUUUUCUAGGCACUUUGUUUUCUCUUUUGAAGUUUCUGUGAAAAACAUGUUAUGUAUUUUUAUUAAUCAUACAUCGCAGAUUGCUAAAACAAG